CACUGCUUUCGAGUUUCGAAUAAAUUCAGUCUUACUAUAAGAUUCAAAAUAUCCUAGUAUCUAGUCGCUUAUCCAUUGGAAUAAGGAAUUGCAAAGGUUUUUUAUUUUUGUAUUCUACGUAAUUACGUAUGCUGUUACGUACAUUCUAAAAAUAAUAUUAGAUAUAUCGUUUAACUAAUUUUAGAACAGCAGGUACAGAAAAUGUUUUAACGUACAAACUUCGUAACUUUUAACAUUUCGAGCGAGUAGUUGUACUGCUUAGUGCUUGACUAGUCUAUCGUCUCGUCUCGUCCUACCUCAAAUAGAGAAGUAAAUUAUGACUGAACAAACAAUAAAUACAUUCAAAAACACAGAUAGUUCAGUUAAAGUGGGAGAUUUAAUUUUAUCAGAAGAACCUUUCGCUUACACACUUUCCUCAAAAGAAAAUGGAAAUAGAUGUGACUAUUGUCUCCAAAAGUGCAACGUUCGGAAGUGUUCAGGUUGUCAGUUUGUACAUUAUUGUGGGAAAAGUUGCCAAAGAGCAGCAUGGGAUGAUCAUAAGUGGGAGUGUGCUAAAUUAAAAAAAGUAGCACCAAAAGUAAUUCCUGAUGCAGCCAGAUUGCUUGUUAAAAUAAUAAAUAGACUAAAACGAGGAGAUGGAACCUCAUACAAAGUAUUUUAUACACGGACAUCAUUCAGAAUGUGGAAGGACCUUAUGUCACAUUAUUCGGACUUGAAAAAAGACAAGGGACGUAUGGAGCAUUUCACAUCACUUUGCGGUGUACUUUAUGAUUUCUUGAACGAUAUGUCUUUACCUAACACAGUGGAUCUCUUGGGACUAUACGGCAGAAUGGUAAUAAACAGCUUCACAAUAUUAGACAUGGACAUGAACUCCAUUGGAUCUGGUGUUUACAUAGCUGCUUCAAUAAUAGACCAUAGUUGUAAUCCGAACGCAGUCGCCAUUUUUGAUGGAAGGAAGAUUAUCGUUAGGGCUAUUGUGGAUAUGCCCAAGUUUGAUUGGAAAAAGGUCAGGAUAGCGUAUAUAGAUCUGAUGAAGACACCAUUUGAACGACAGAAAGAGCUCUUACAGACAUACUACUUUCUUUGUCAAUGUGAAAAGUGUUUGAAUAUCGAGCAGUUAAAAUAUGUUCACGCAGCAAAAUGUUUGAAUAAAGGAUGUGAUAAUCCCGUUAAUUUACAUUGGCAGGAAAACUGUAAAUUAGUCAUCGUUGAAAAGUGUGAGAAAAUCAAAAGAAUUCACGAAAGUAUUCUAAAUGGUGAAAAUAACUAUGACGAAGGGCUUGAAGAUUGCAAUGGUGAUUUACAAAAUGGCGAUGACAAUACCAUUGAUGGUGUUGCCAGUAACAUUGAAAAUUGUGUUAGCAAAAGUGUCGGUGAAAUUACAAAUUGUGAUGACGAAAACGUAAAUGAAAAUGUGGUGUGUUCGAAAUGUGGUACAAAAUAUCCAGAUGAAAGUAUAGAAGUUUUUAAAGAAGCAAUGAGUUACUCAGAAAAGGCUUUGUUUGAUAUGAAGAAGACAAGCAUGGCUUACGUGGAAGUAUGUAAAUGCUGCAUUCAGAAACAAAACGGAGUGUUACAUCCAUUGAAUAUUUUUUACGCUCAAAUAUUAGAGCAAUCGUUCGAAGCGUUCAUAAACGUACAAUUGUGGCAGAAGGCGUGCGUAUACGCAGAGGCGUUGUUGCCAUGUUUUAGGUUUUAUUAUGGACCCCUUCAUCCUCUUCUGGGUCUGCUACACUUAAGAUAUGGAAAGAUUCUGCUUUACAAACUGGACUUAAAAAAAGCUUUACAACAAUUAAAAAGCGCAGAAAAAAUAUUGAAAAUCACACAUGGGGAAACACACCCAUUUUACAAAGAGCAGUUACUGCCGCUGUUACACCAAGCUUUUGUAGAAAGUCCAUAGUGUAAAAUUAUAUAUUUUUUGCAUUUAGCUGACUAGAAUUAUUUUAAGCUUCUUCAAAUAUAUCAUCUUCCUUACUGGAAGCAGAAGAAACCAUAUCCAAUUAGAGAUAUUUUUUUCCAACCUUUAAGUAUUUUGUUUCUUAGUUAUUAUUUUUCUUGUUUAUGAGAAAAGAUUUUUUGAAACUAAUCCUAUUACUUCUAAGUUAAAUUAAAGAAGCCAAGUAUUUGUUAUUAUAUAUUUUAUAGUUUUAUCUUUAACCAUAAAGAUUGUCACACUAUGUACUAAUCCAUAUAAUGCUUAGUACACAGUGGUCAUUUAUGAAGUUGAAGUUGAUUUAGUUAUAAAAUUUGAGGCUGUGUGUAAUAAACUACAUAUUAUAAUAGAAC